AUGAUUGAAGUAGGUAGAUAUCAGACAGAUAAUCUCCCUAAGGAAAGUAGAUUGUGCAAGUUCUGUAAAUUAAAUCAAGUAGAAAAUGAAACCCAACCCUUGUUUCACUACUGCAGUACCUACUCUUUACAGAGGAGACAUUCUUUAAUGAAAUCAAUGAAGUAAUACUUCACAUUCAAUGAGAAUCAACAUCAGACCCAGCACUACCACCACCACCAGCAGCAGCACCACCACUACUCUCCUUACUAAAUCACUACUGAAUCACUACUAAUCGGUGUCUCCUGAGAGACAAAGAUUUUUUCCAAUAAGAAAGCGCUUAUUUCUACCGUGUGCCAUAGUUUGCUAGUGGGCUGCAAAUUAGAGACUAGAGACAAAUUUCAAGACUUUAAUUUUGGCAAUUCUGGCCUCUUCCGUUCAUUUCACCAGUUUAGUGAACGCAUUGUGGAGGAGACAAAAAAUCAAUUUGUAAACUUGUGGCAGCGAAUGCUUGGUGUUAAGAAACAUUUACUCAACAUUUUUAUUUCUCGUAGGAGAUGGCCAAGUUACUUCGACAAACUUCCACCUAAGAUCAACAAAGGAGGUUCCCCAAUUGAGCCAGCGUGUGCUUGUGAUGUGACCACAGGCAAAGGGAAAACAACUAAAUGCGUAAAGGAUGGCAUCCCAGCUUUCUUCCCAAGUACACAAAAAGAUAAAUUCAACCGAAUAAAAAUGUGCGACAGAUCACCAGAAAAAAGAGACUUGAAAUGGUCGGACGAUUUAACUGACGAGGAUUACGAAUUGUUUAUGAAGCCUUUAGACCCCGAAGCUCAUAAGAGGCAAAAGCGAUCCGUUAAUGUGAUUUCAAAAGAGAACGUAACCCGAUACUGCGCUGAGCGAUUGGCUGAAACACCUGUUGGAAAGAUGUGUGCUAAACUGGGAACAAAUGUCCAAGCGCUGGUGAACGUUUGUGCAUCUGACCUUGAGUAUACUGGAGACCGUUCCUUUGCCAUAGGCGCUGUUGCAAUGUUGAUGGAUGAAUGCGAUGAUGUAAUCAUAGAAACCACAACUGUUAAUUCCAACGACAGUAGGAAUUUUACAGCCCCAAAGAUGCCCAAGUUGCCUCCUAUAGUUGAAGAGAUAGCUCAACUUCUUUGUCCCAACGACUGCAAUUUUAGAGGGAAAUGUGUUAAUGGCUCUUGCGUUUGUAACAAGGACUAUACAGCUGAAGACUGUUCUGUAUCCGUUUUUCAAAAACCAUUCAUUGCAAGGCUUCAAAGUAAUGGGUUGUGUGAUAGACGAAAACGACCGUGUAAGAAGGUUGCUGUACAAGGGAAUGGUUUCCUAAAUUCUACCAAUGUAACCUGCCACAUUAAGGAAAUUGAGGUUGUAAAUAGUUCCUGGAUCCCAAACAAGAAUGAGACAAAACACCAAGGAAUGAUGACAGACCUUGUUCUCGUGGAGUGCUUUUUGCCUGAUUCACCUGUAUUAAGAACAACCUAUGAUGAAAACGUGGAAGGAACACCAGCUUCUGGACUGUUGAUAUCUGUAUCCAACAAUGGCAUCCAUCAAAGCGAGCAGGAGCUUAAAUUGAUAUCCUUCGAUUCAGUUUGUAUGGAAUGCAAUAUUUCCACGGGAUGCUCUCUGAAGAAUAACUCCUGCUUUAUCAAUCGUUAUUGCUUUUCGCCUAACGAGCCUAAUCCAAAGGACUGGUGCGAACAGUGCCUCCCCGAUGUCGAUAAAAACAAGUGGUCUGAACGGCAAGUAAAUCACCUACCCAGUGUCACGUCAACAACCGACUACUAUGUGGUACACGGAGAGAGUCUGGAACUACCAAUAGAAGUCACAGAUCCGGAAGGAAUGCCUGUCACCGUGUCAAUAAUGGACGGAAGUCCGGCGGAAGCGCUGGUGCAGAACAAUAUUUUAUUUUGGAACGUCACAACUAACAAAACAACACAGUUUUUCUUCAAGGCCACGGAUGCUUGUCAAGCGUCGGCCACCUUAAACAUAUCUGUAACUGUCAAUGUCUGCCCUUGCAAUAACAAUGGACGGUGCAUUCCUCGGACGCCUCGCGGGCGUGGUUUUUACGAUUGUAGCUGCUCACCCGGUUUUACUGGACAAUACUGCAGCACUGAGAUUGAUGAAUGUGAAUCAUAUCCUUGUUUGCGAGGACAGUGUAUUGAUCAAGUUAACAACUACACAUGUGUCUGCGAUCUUGGCUUUGAGGGUAGAAAUUGUGACGUUGACAUCGAUUAUUGCCAGUCAUCGCCAUGUGUCCAUGGAAAUUGUACAGAUCAAGUUAAUGGAUACACUUGCAGCUGUGUCGCUGGUUACUCUGGACUACGGUGCGACGUUGACAUAGACGAGUGUAGUUCGUCGCCUUGUGUUAAUAACGGAACGUGCGUCGAUCAAGUAAAUGGCUAUAGAUGUCAGUGCCUACCUGGUUAUACAGAAGAAGACUGCAGUGUUGAUAUUAACGGAUGUCAGGCUUCGCCUUGUGCAAACAACGGAUCCUGCGUUGAUAAAAUCAAUGCCUUUGAUUGUACUUGCCUAGCUGGAUUCAGUGGCUCUCUAUGCGAAGAGAAUAUCAACGAAUGUCUUCUAGUAUCCUGUGGAAAUGGGACGUGUUUUGAUCAAGUGAACAAUUACAGUUGCGUUUGCAAUGUUGGUUAUUCGGGCGGACACUGUGAUGUUCCCAUUACGCGAUGUAGCAAUGAAACUUGCUACCCAGGUGUACGCUGUUUCGAGAACACCACUCACGUUUCCUGCGGUUCUUGUCCGUCUGGUUUUACUGGCAACGGAAAAAACUGCAAAGAUAUAGACGACUGUGUAAAUCACACUUGCGCUAACGGUGGAUCAUGUGUGGAUGGCAUUAACAAUUACACAUGCAGCUGUUUGGCGGGAUUUACUGGAAUUUUGUGUAAUAUAGGUACGUUGGACCUUGGGAAAUUGGUCGAUGCCGUGUAAAAACAAUGCACUUUCCUUCUCACUU